UCCUUCUUUCAAACUGGUGGGCAGGCGGUCAGCCCUGGCGGUGGGCGCCGGGGAAGGAGGGCACGGGGCUGCGCGCUGCCCAGCAGGUUGAAAAAUUAGGACUGUGAAAGGCGCAGGGGCUGUCCAGCCCGAGAGGAGGCUAAGACCUGUUGACGACUGCUGUGGCAGUGCAGGAGGGAUGACGCGGGAGCCUAACGAGGUCGGGGACGCUGCGGGCUUCCAGCCCUAGGAGCCUCCUCAAGCUCUUUGUGAACCUAAAGGUGUGAUUGAAGGGAAUAUCUGUCUGGCUGAUCUUCAUCAUGAACCGUGCUUUCAGCAGGAAGAAAGACAAAACAUGGAUGCAUACGCCUGAAGCUUUAUCAAAACAAUACAUUCCCUAUAAUGCAAAGUUUCUUGGCAGCACAGAAGUGGAGCAGCCCAAAGGGACAGAAGUUGUGAGAGAUGCUGUAAGAAAGCUAAAGUUUGCAAGACAUAUCAAGAAAUCUGAAGGUCAGAAAAUUCCUAAAGUUGAGUUGCAAAUAUCAAUUUAUGGAGUAAAAAUUCUAGAACCCAAAACAAAGGAAGUCCAACACAAUUGCCAGCUUCAUAGAAUAUCAUUUUGUGCUGAUGAUAAAACUGACAAAAGGAUAUUCACUUUCAUAUGCAAAGAUUCUGAGUCAAAUAAACAUUUGUGCUAUGUAUUUGACAGCGAAAAGUGUGCUGAAGAGAUAACUUUAACAAUCGGCCAAGCAUUUGACCUGGCAUACAGGAAAUUUCUAGAAUCUGGAGGAAAAGAUGUUGAAACAAGGAAACAGAUUGCAGGACUACAGAAAAGAAACUUAGUGUUCUCAUGUGACUUUGCUUCACUUCCUGAUGCUUCUCAUGGGGAUCAGAGCAGCAGAAGCAACAGAUGCUGGAUUCAAGACUUAGAAAUAGAAAAUAUGGAACUUAAAAACAAAGUACAGGAUUUGGAAAACCAGUUAAGAAUAGCCCAAGUAUCAACAUCUCCAGCAGAGAGUGUGACACUUAAGUCACCCUCCACUGACAUCUUUGAUAUGAUUCCAUUUUCUCCGGUAUCACACCAGUCUUUGAUACCUACUCGCAAUGGCACACAGCCACCCCCAGUACCAAGUAGAUCUACUGAAAUUAAACGGGACCUGUUUGGAGCAGAACCUUUUGACCCAUUUAAUUGUGGAGCAGGGGAUUUCCCUCCCGAUAUUCAAUCAAAAUUAGAUGAGAUGCAGGUGACUAUUUUCACAGAUUGGCCUAUAAAUGGUGUAUUUCCUUUUAAUAUGACAAGUAUUACUCCUGGUAGGCCACUGAUGGAGAGUUGGAGAUUCAUUAGCACAUGUGAGAUGAUCAACUGCGAUAUCCCCCAGAUGCAUAAGAUUGUGUGUUCCUACUGGAGUGAAGGCUGGGAAGUAAAAGAAGACUCAAGCUCAACCUCUGGUUACAAAAUCAGCCAGAAGCCUGGGGAGCAAUGGGGAGAGAGGAUGAAUACUGCAGGGGCGUGCAAUGUUUCUUUUGUGGAUGGCAUCGUAGAACACCAGGAACGAGACAUACAGAGCACAACCAAUGGUGCAGACACCAAAAAGCCUGAAUCGGGGCAUUACCCAUCCCCUGAAUCUAUGAAAUGCAGAAUUUGA